AUGACAUCCUUUGCGAGACGUUUCACGCGCCGGGGUACCACCAAUGGCACUGCAGAUGGUAUCCCUUCUCCUCCUGUUCCAGACUCCCCGCCUUCUGAGCCAGAGGAUGAUAGCACUACCGUCCCCAUCAACCAGACGGAAUAUGCUCGAAGAUGUCGGGAGGUCAUGGAGCUGUACCGUGCUCUUCAGGAGCUAGGUCUUCUGCGAUGCAGUGCGGAUCGGUUGUUCCCAACGUUGCCUAAGAUCGUAGUCAUCGGCGGUCAAUCCACCGGGAAGAGUUCGCUGGUAGAAGCGGUCUCUGGAAUCAACGUACCCCGGGACAGCGGCACUUGUACCAGUAUGCGUCAGACGGGAGCAAACUCGACAUCCUCGGACAGAGUGCAGUUUGGGCCAGUCAUCAAGAACAGGGACAUGGUCGAACUAUGGAUCCGGCGGGCGCAAGCUGCGAUUUUGUGCCGUCAUCGUCCCAAGGAGGAUUUCAUGAGCAAUGAGUACGGCAUCAUACACAAUGCUGAAGAAGAAAUUAUCAAUCUCGUUCAUGACUUGGUGGUUUCCUAUAUCGAAGAAUCGGAGAAUACUAUUGUUCUCAUAACCAUUCCUAUGAGUGAUGAUAUUGAGAUGCAAGCAGCGGUGAAACUUGCAAAGGCUCGGGAUCCCAAUGGUGAUCGCACAAUCGGAGUAUUGACCAAGCCAGACAUGCUCACAACAGGCGCCUCCGGUGCGCGUCAAAAAUGGAGAGAGAUUAUUCUUGGACAAGAUCAAAAACAUAGGCUCAAACAUGGGUACUACUGUGUUCGUCUCCCGGACGACGAUGAGCGUAGGCGCAAUAUCUCCAGAGAGGAAUCCCAGGCGAAGGCCAAACGAUAUUUCGAGCGUACCUCCCCAUGGAAGGAGUUUCCGAACCGCAGCCGUUUCGGCAUACCUGCACUUGUGCAUGAUAUAAGCCGACUUUUGGUCGGGCUAAUCGAAAAUUACAUACCGACCCUAAAGCAAAGCGUCGACGAACUCCUUGCUACUGACAAGGCGGAAUAUAGUACCCUUCCUCCACUACCGCCCACCGACGAGGCGUGGUCCCGGAUUAUCAUCCUCAUCCAUCAGUUCUGCGUCGAUGUCAAAGCGGCCGUCGAGGGCAAAGAAGAACACAAGGGUCUCGUACAGCGCAACCGCGCUAGGUACGGGCAGUUCAAGCGCGACAUUCUCGGGACGUGCCCAAACUUCCGGCCGUUCGAGGAUAAGACUCGAUAUCUAGAUCCGUGUAUCCAGGACGAACAAUUCGAGGGGAAGGACAACCCGUACGUGCAUAUGGCUGCGUCCGAGUACAUAAUGGAUAUCAAGGAUGUGAGGAGAGAGAUUGAGAACUGCACUUCGUGGGAACUUCCUGGUGAAGUUCCGCUGGAAACAACGCGGAAACUCAUUGAACUCUUUACGAAGAAGUGGUCCAAUCCUUCUAUGCAGUGCUUCGACGAGUCACGACGUGUUCGACACGUCGACGGUUUCAAGCCCCUGGAGACGCGCAUUAGAGCACUUGUGCGGGCCCAGAUGGAGAUGUGCAAGAGCGAGGCACUCGUCAUACUCGGAAAGGCCGUGAAAUUGGAGACGUCGCCGGUCUAUACUCAAGUCCCACAAUACUCGAUGGAGCGCUCUAAGUGGUUCAAGCGAUUUUAUAGUGUCUAUACAAAUCCUAAUAGGCAUUGGGACUACAUUGCAAAUCCAUCCCUACUUCCUCCAGUUCGCGAGGCGACAGAAGACGAAGAAGCGCUGCUCGUGAUGGCCAAGGUCAGAGAAUACUUUGAGAUAGCGUACAAGAGUCUUAUCAAGGAUAUGGGAGGGCAGAAUGCCAGCGAGAGGGCUAAGGAGCUGCUGACAGAGGAUCCGGAAAUCGCAAUGAGGAGGAAUGUCCUACAAGAGAGAAUCGCAAGACUGGAGGAGAUCAAGAGGAGGCUCUAUGCUUUUAGCUUCAAUGUUGCCAUGUCUUGGCUACUAAAGAAAUUUCUGAAAUGUAGUUCUGACCGGUCUCUCCAGCUGGAUCAUGAUGCUGCGUUCUCGGUCCGGGGCGAGAUCACGAGACCCGCCUUCAUGUCCUGGCUGAUUCCCAGAGAGAGUAUGACGGCUGCGGCUCCCAGCGGGCGGGCGUACCCCUGCGCUCCCCCGCUAGGCGAGAAGGCGGUGUCGUUGGAGGCGGUGCUGGUGCUGGAUGAGAUGGAGAAUAGCUGGGCGAGAGCGACGCCGGUGGAGGCUAGGACGAGGGAGGUCCGGACGUAUGCGAGGAAGGUCCGCUCAGAGGCGAGGUGGUCUCGUGCGACAGAGCCGUUGUUCUCUAGCGUCGGGCUGAUACGCAUGGCAAAGAGCAAAUAG